AUUUCUUCACUUCCUCCAGUUACUGUUGUCGAAGGUCCGUUCCCCGGAUCUUGUAGAUGCGGGCGCAAGAGUGCUGUGCUACUGAAUGCUUAGUAUCUCUCCGGUUGCUAUAGAAAUACUUCUUGCCCACGGUGGAAUCGGUACGGUUCGGUGUUUUCUCCGUAUUAUCCAAAAUCCAGGGUGUUGCAUCUCAGGGUAUCAGGGCCCACUGAAUACCUAAUGAAAACUUUCUAUUGGCACGUGGUCUUCCAUUCUUUCUGAUGUUCUCUGCUUUCACAUGGCUCGGCAAACGGGGUCCGAUAGAGUCCCUGACCACCUCCUUCCUGUACUUGCUGCCAAUAGGAUCCUUGACGGUUCUUGGUGGUGAGAUCCGAGCGCGAUAAAGUCUACCUCUCGGUGGCAUUCUCCUUUACUCUCUACUCCUUCCAAUGACUUUGUUGUCUACGUCUAACUUUCUUGCUCUGGGCGUCUUUAUGUGGGUUGUCAUCUCCCUUAUACGCAUGUCACUCUCGGACUCACUACCUCCGGGCCCACGACGGCUGCCCAUAAUUGGCAAUCUUCUUGAUAUGCCCAAGGAGCGUGAAUGGGUAACGUGGGCGGAAUGGGGGAAAAGAUAUGGAGGAAUAUCCUCAGCAACCGUGUUAGGACAGACAAUUAUUGUCUUGAAUUCAUAUAGUGUCGCCAAGGAACUACUCAACAACCGGUCUGCAAAGUAUUCGGACAGGCCUCCGCUGUCGAUGCAUAUCCUCUCGGGAUGGGGCGACAUAGUUCUCAUUCUCGGGUAUGGAUCUGCUUUCCGUGCACAGCGCAAGCUAUUCCACAAGCUCCUUGGGACGUUGGAAAACUUCCAGCGAUUUUAUCACGUUGAAGACGAACAGACACGCAAAUUCUUGAAGGAUAUGUUACGAGAUCCUGAUCAUUGGGUUGAGCAUAUUCACGAUGAUGUCGCAUCGAUUGUACUCCGGAUCGCAUAUGGUUACACGAUUAGCAAAAACGACCCUCUAGUCGUCAAGUGCAGACAGAUAACCGCCGAAUUUCUGCAAAUGGCAUCUCCUAAGUUCUUGGUGAACAAACUCCCCGCUCGUGUGUCCAAUGCUCCAUUCGUUAUUUUCGUAAUAAUCAUAACUUAUGCGAGAAAAGUCCGGCACCUUCCCGAUUGGAUUCCAGGUGCGGAAUUCAAGAGACUCGCUAAGCGGUGGAAUGUAAAUGUGCAAGAGAUGACACACCAACCUUUUAAUUGGGUGAAGGAUCAGAUGGCUAAAGGUACUGCGGAUUAUUCUUACGUAUCUUCCGGUGUUGAAGAUGGAGAGGACGAGUUUGUGAUUAAAUGGACUGCGUCGACAAUGUACGGAGCUGGAUUUGACACGACGGUCAUCUCUAUUAAGACAUUCUUCAAAGCCAUGACUAUGUUCCCUGAGAUACAGGCUCGCGUUCAGGCGGAAAUCGACUCUGUCACUGGCGGUGAAAGACUUCCUUCUCUUGCCGAUAGGGACGAAGGACGGCUUCCUCACACUCUCGCCGUACUUCACGAAGUUUUCAGGUGGCAUUCUCCCAUACCGACUGGGUUUCCUCACCGGACAAUGGAAGACGACACAUACAACGGGUAUUUCAUUCCAAAGGGAUCAAUAGUCAUUGCCAAUAUAUGGCAAAUGUCUCAUGACCCUGAGUUUUACCCUAAUCCCGACGUCUUCGAUCCUACACGUUUCUUGGGCCCGUCCCCUCAACUAGACCCUCGCGAACUGAUAUUUGGGUUUGGUCGACGCAUCUGUCCGGGUCAGCUUCUCGCAGAAGCGUCUGUGUUCCUUGCUGUGGCAAGAUCAUUGGCUGUGUUCAAUAUUACAAAAGCUACCGACGAAAAUGGUGACAUUCAGGAGCCUGUCCCCGGUCAAGUAGUAGGCGUUCUCAGUGAUACGUUGCCGUUCAAGUGCGUGGUCAAGCCAAGAAGUGAAAAGGCCGUAGAAUUGGUUAAUGAGGCACUCUGAGAGGCAGCCUCGUUCAUUUUUGUAUUAUAUGGUCUUAUCUUUUCACGCUUUACAAAGGAAAUAAUAACCAUACUGAG